AUGAUUGUUCUAAAAUCUUUUACCUGUUUUCUAUUUAUAUUGAAUGUGAUGGGCAGCCAUGACGUUGAAGUAAAAUCCGAAGAAGACUUAGGGGUCAAGUACGCUAAUAGAUGCGAAGUAUGCAAAAUAUUAGCAACUGAAUUGCAAAGCCGGCUAGAAGAAACCGGCAAAGUGCACGACGUAAUUGAAAUUGGAUAUUCUCUAGAUGACGUUAAGCCAAAGAAGAGGACAAAGUAUGAAAAGUCUGAACUUCGGCUAAUUGAGUCUUUGGAUGGUGUUUGUGAAAAAAUCCUCGACUAUAAUAUUCAUAAGGAGCGAGAUGAUAGUACGAGAUUUGCGAAAGGUAUGAGUCAAACUUUUAAAACUUUACAUGGCCUUGUUGAUAAAGGUGUAAAAGUUGAUUUGGGAAUACCUUUAGAGUUAUGGGACAAACCGUCAGCAGAAAUAACUCAUAUGAAAACUCAAUGUGAAAGUCUUUUAGAAGAGAAUGAGGAAGUAAUUGAAGACUGGUAUUGGAAGCAACAAGGGAAUGUUGAUUUAAAAAUCCACUUGUGUACAAAACAUGCAUUGAGAAACACAGAUGAUUCCUGUUUGUUCGAAGAGCUUAAACAGAAAGGAGACAGUGCUAAAGCUAAGACAGAAUUGUGA